AUGCGUGCGUGUGUGCGCGGGCCCCCGCGAGCGACUGAGCGUGCGUCACCGGCCUCGCUCCUUCGUCCGGGCGCCGCCGCCGCCACCACCACCGCGUGCUGCACGCUCGCUGCCGUGACGCGCCCCACCGCCGCCUCCCGCCAGGCGUUUGUCUCGGCGAAUGCGCUGCGUCCAGGCGGCCGCGACAAGGGCCCCAGCGACGACGCGUCGAUUAGCUUCGCGGGCCGAUGCGAAGGUGCUUCAGCGAGUAGGCGCGGUCCUUCGUCAGGCGAAGGACGUUCUGGAGGCGUGCGGAAACGGGUCACCGCUUGUGGGGCGCCCGGGACCCAUUCGUCGCGAUGCAUCGACCUGCGGAAAACGCUGCUGGACGUGCACAGGACGUCCAUGUGGUGCUCCGCAAGUGUCGACCACCUCAGUGAUUUGCUUGCGAGUCCACGAAUUGGGGAUCAUGUCCUGUGA